AACAUUAGUCAUUUGAAGACUUCUCACAACAAGACAUCUUGGAGCUCUUCACCGUUCAGUUCUCUGGAAGCCAUUUAAGCAACACUUUAUUAGAACGAGUGCAAACAUGGAAGUAAAGGCAACAUGAAACUACAUGUUGUGAAGAGCUACAAAAAGAAGAAGAAAAAUUAACACACAGGAAGUAGGAAGUGUGAUCUGCGAUAUCACUAUUUUGUGUGCGUAGAUUUUGUAUGUGUGUGCUUGCAUGUGUGUAUGUGUGUGUGAGUGAGUGAGUGUGGUGGGGUGCAUGUGUGGACUGAAGCACUGACCUGUGUGCUCUUGGAUAAUGUCUCUGAAACUACCUCGCAACUGGGACUUCAGCACCUUCAAGGCUGAGACGACUCGAAUAGCGCGAUCUAAAAGUGUGAUUCCUGGAGAGGGAGGCCCCACCCCGGGCUCACCACGCUCUUCCAGGUCCAUGGAGAGGCCGCUAAAGGCUGGCUGGCUGAAGAAACAACAGAGGUCUUUAGUGAAGAACUGGCAGCAGCGCUACUUUGUGCUCAGAGGAAGUACUCUGACCUACCACAAAGAUGACAAGGAGACCACUGUCCAGGGGGUCAUCCAGCUGCGCUUCAGUAAAGUAAAUGAAAUCCCUCCAAACUCAGAUGACUCUGGAAAAUUCCUCUUCGAGAUCAUACCACGUACGACUGGAGACAGAGAGCGAUGUCUGCAUGUGUUCAUGGCAAACUCCCAAAGUGACUUGGAGGAUUGGGUUCGCACCCUGCGCAGAGUCAUUGGAGUACCAACAAGUGGAGUGUUUGGAAAAGGUCUCAUUGACACCGUAACAUACGAGCAGCGCUUCGGACCUCACAUGGUGCCCAUUCUGGUGCAGAAAUGUGUAGAGUUCAUCAAAGAACAUGGGCUAGAUGAGGAGGGUAUCUUCCGCCUCCCUGGUCAGGAAAACGCAGUCAAACAGUUCAGAGAUGCCUUUGAUGCAGGAGAGAGGCCAUCUUUUCCCAGUGACACAGAUGUCCACACGGUGGCAUCGCUGCUCAAACUCUACUUGCGGGAACUGCCUGAGCCUGUAGUGCCGUGGACUCAGUACCAAGACUUUCUGGAUUGCACCAACCUCCUGGACUCUGGCAACUCAAAGGGGUGGCAAAUGCUGGAAAAGCAAAUCGCUCUUCUCCCCAAAGUCAACUACAACCUUCUCAGCUAUGUUUGCCGGUUUUUGUUUGAGGUGCAGCUUCACUCUUCAGUGAACAAGAUGAAUGUGGAGAACUUGGCAACUGUGAUGGGAAUCAACUUGCUCAAGCCUCAGAUAGACAAUCCCAUCACUAUGAUGGAAGCGACUCCUCAGAUCCAGAAGCUGAUGACUGUGAUGAUCAGAGAGCAUGAGGCUCUGUUUCCUCAGUCCAAAGAUGUGCUUCCACCCUCUCCUUCCAGCAAGGCUGAAAACACUCCCCGGAGCUUUGUAGGCUGGGAGUCUGCAGAGAUGGGUGAUACAUCUCUUUCUGAGUCUCCAGAGGAGGAGGAGGACAGUGAUAAUCUAGGCCCAGCCAAAGGUAACUGCAGCCCCCAGGCAGUCCUGCAGCAGCCUACAUCUGUGUCCUCAGAUGACUGGUUUGGAAGUCCCCGCAAACGCACGCAGACCCUGCCCACCUUCAACUGCCCCCUCACUGGCAUGGCCGCAAAGGCAGACGCCCUCAACAGGUGGAGCCGCAUCCAGGAAAGUGGGGAAGAAAAGAGUGGGGGGACUUUUUCAGAGGAUAUUUUCAAAAUCCUGGACCUGCGGGGUUCAGGAUUGUUUUCGGGGGGGUCUCAGAUGAGCAACAAGGAGGAGGAGGACAGAAUCACGACUCGAAGGGGAAGUGACCACGCUGGUUCUUCUACUGUUAGCUCCCCCAAACCACAGAGUGACUCCCGGCCUCUACCAGUACUAACGCAUCAGAAAAGUGUGGACACCUUGGUAGUGAGCAGCUCAGUGCAGCAGAUUAACAACAGGCCAGAGCAGAAGGAAGACCCACAGCAGCUGGUAAACAGUUUACAACAGGAGAACAAAGAGCUGAAGGCCUCGGUGGCUGAACUCCAGGCUGCUCUGGAGGCAGAGCGCCGUCGUGUGGCUGCUCUGGAGAUCUGCCUGAAGAAUGCAGAGCGCAACCGAAACGAGGCCCAGAGACGCAAUGAGGAGCUGCAAAGAGACAUUCAGCAAUUUCUCAUCAGAGGGAAACAGGCCCCUACCUAAAAGUACUUUUCUGGCAUCCUGGUAGCCCAUGUAUUUAUGACUGUGAUAACUUCAACAGUGCUGAUUUCACAGGAGCUGCUCAUCUUGCAUCCUCCUAUCGAUGCUGGAUUGUUUCCAUUUGAUCUCUGUUUGGUUCCGAAAAUAAAUUAUUACCUCGUUUGCUUGUGCCUGUGAGAAAACUCCCAAUUAAAGACUUUAAAAAUAAGUUAGUUCCUCCUCCCUGCCGUGGGAGUCACACUGUGUGGGCUAUUAAUGCCCUUAUCUAAUGUAGCUGUUGCAUAUAGAGAAGGAGGAGCCAAACCUGGAAUCAAUAAAUUAUUGAUAAGGAACUAUAGACAUGGUUGGACAACAUGAACUAAAACCCUUUAACGACUGAACUAUUUAAUAAUAGUUUUUAGUUAUAUUAGUAAUGUCAUAUGAAUUUCAUCACUAGAUGUUUAUUUCAGUCAUGAAUGAAUAAAACAACACAAAUCA